CGGCGGCCGCGCCACGUCCGCUGCGGCGCCCUGGGAAGAGUCACUGGGCCUUUGGCAGCUUCGGGCCACCAUGGCCUUCACCCUGUACUCCCUGCUGCAGGCGGCCCUGCUGUGUGUGAACGCCAUCGCCGUGCUGCACGAGGAGCGCUUCCUCAAGAACAUUGGCUGGGGAACAGACCAGGGAAUUGGCGGAUUCGGAGAGGAGCCAGGAAUUAAAUCUCAGCUAAUGAACCUUAUUCGAUCUGUCAGAACCGUGAUGAGAGUGCCAUUGAUAAUAGUAAAUUCAAUUACUAUUGUGCUGCUUUUACUAUUUGGCUGAACAUGACGAAAGACUCAAGAAGAGAUGUCAGCAGAAGUCACUACCGCCAUCAUUACUGGACUAUCCAUUUCUUAGCAGGCUCAUCUUGCAGCUGACAGGAAUGUGAAGUUGACAAUAAAACCAGAGUUUCUGUUUACCUUGAUUUUUUUUUUUUUUUUUUUUUAGUGUUGUAAUUUUAUUACAAAAGAUCAGACCAUCAGAGAUAGUAGUGCCCCAGGCUUGAAACAUACCUUCCUGGGAUACAAUUUGUAAAGAUUGUUAAAAGGGCACAGGACUGUUGCUUCUGUUUUAUUAGAUACUAUUUUCUCUCACUACUCAGGGAUGACACUUUUUUCAAAGUUUUAAAUUCCUUGUGACUUAGUUAUGACAUGAGAGUAAUUAUCCACCUAGAUAAAACGUAAAUGAUUUUUGAAAAUAAUUAUUACAUAUAAAUUAUAAAUAAUAGAUAAUAAAUUUGUGCAGUUUAUUUUGGACUCUUUCGUUAAGUAUUUAGACUAUUUUGUCUCUGCUAGGAAGAAUUCGGAUUUAUAGGUACUGUAAGCAGGGGCAUAACCCUGGUUUCCUGGUAUUGUAAAUCAGUCAUAUGACGACAUUGCUUUUGUCUUAAAUUUAUUUUAUGCAUUUGUUAUUAAUUGGCCUGAAUAAACAGACCAAACUAUUAUCUCUAUAUUUUCAUUGGUGGAAAAGUCUGUGCCCUUUUUACAACAAUGACUUUACAACAUCAGUAUCAAUAGUGGCUGGCAAAAGUGAUUGUAUACAACACAAAGCCCACUAUAAAAUUACUGUGUAUUGUGAAGCAUUUACCUCCCCCCACAUUGUCACAUUUCCAUUUCUUGUUGCAGUAGUAUAUUGAAGGUUUUGAUUCUUAAUCCUUCAUUCUGAGACUGUUCAUGCUAGAUAAAUUGUUUGUUUUUUAUGUCUUUUUAUUUUUAUGUCUUAGACCAACCUUUAAGUUGUCUGUUCAGCCCAUAAUAUCAUCAUACAUCUUUAUGUAGAAAGAUUAAAACUAUGUAUAUGUUUUGUGAAAAGCACCAGUUAUAGUAUUUUAAAGGGGUAGAAUGACAUCAUUGUUUAGGUAAACUUUUAUAAAUAAAGUUGAAUUUCCAACUCA